AAACAGAGGUCAGCCUUCCAGCCCAGGAAAUGUACAUACAUUGCUCCAUUCCCACACCAAUUUGUAUUCCUUAUGCAGGACGAGUUUCAGUGAAUGCUAUAUCACCAGUAUAAGAGAAAGGGUUACCAGACUGUUGUGUAUUCGACAGUGCAGAGUUCUCUUCAGGUUCCUCGGCAUCUGCUCCAGUUCCUGACCAGACUUUCUGCAUUCAUUCAGUACUUCUACAUGGUUGUUUGGCAAGACAAGUAUACAGAAGCAGAGGUGGUAUAAAGCAGAGACAGACUGGGAUCAAGCCCAGGUUCCAGGGAGAAGUCACCAGAUAUUCACCAUGGAGAAAAGGUCCUUGAAGGAGAUACCGUCUCUGAAGGAGAGGAUGGGGGCACAGCUGAAGGAACUAAACCUGAACCCUAAAACACUGAAAAACUCGAAAAAAGCAGUGAAGGGAUUCACAGACUUCAUACAGAACAAGGAGAUGGAGGAGACAGACAACAGCUACGAUAAUAAAGAGAUGUUGUUGGCACUAGAGAAGGAAUACAUUGACGCAGCAAAAAUAAAUGAUGUACAGACCAUGAAGCUUCUGGGGAAGGCGGUCAAUGUCGACGCAAAGAACUUGCAUGAUCGCACUGCCCUGCACUAUGCAGUAGCUGGAAAAAACAUAGAGGCCGUCCAAGUACUUCUACAGCGCAGAGCAAAUCUCAAUCAAGCGGACAAGCAUGGAGUGACAGCCAUCCACCUGGCUGCCUGGUUUGGGAGUGUAACCAUCAUGAAGUUGCUUGUGCAGGGUGGUGCUGACCCAAGUGUUCAGAAUGCGGUGGGACUGAACAUCAUGCACUGUGCUGCCAUCAACAACCACACCGACAUCGUGACGUUCAUUAUCUACGACUUGAUGAUGAAAGAACUGGACAAAGAGGACCUGUCUGGACACAGGGUGUUUGCGUCGGCAGCAGAGCAUGGCUCUGUUGAGAUGCUGCAGAUGUUGAUGGAGGAGGCAUACAAUAUGGCCACCAUGGAGGAAGACCAGAAUGGGGACACACCUCUGCACUUGGCUGCCAGCAAUGGCCAUUUGGAUGCCGUCCAGCUACUGUUGAAGAGCUUUGAUACUCGUGAUGAAGUCAAUAAGCUUGGGGAGACGGCUCUGUACCUGGCUGCUGACGCUGCCCAUGAGGACUGUGUCCAGGCUCUGUUGGAGGCAGGCUGUGACCCAAACAUUGUCACCAUGGGCCAAAGCAGUGCUCUACACCCUGUCUCAGAGAAGGGUUACACGUCGUUGGUGAAACUCCUCAUAGAGAACACAGCCCAGAUGGACUUACAGAACCAGCACCUCCAGGCUCCUCUCUACCUGGCAGUGAAGAACUGUCACAUCCCUGUCAUCCACACACUGCUGGAGGCUGGCUGCAACGUCAACAUCACUGAUCAUAGGUCCCAGACUGUCCUGCAUGUAGCAGCAGAGCUGGCCAGAGUGGACAUUGUUGACAUGCUUCUGAAAGCUGGGAUGGACCUGACCCUCCAGGACAAGCAGGGUAAGACAGCACUGGCUGUGGCAGCCCGAGCAGACGAAGUCAUCAUCGUGGACAUGAUCAUCAAGGCAGAGAGAUAUUUCACAUGGAGGAGGGCCAACACUGAGCUUAAUGAGAACCUUCACAGCCAGUCUCCGCUGACGUUUAAAUUAGACCAUCGCGCGGAGAGCAAACAUGUCCGCGGUACGGCCUGGCACCUGGCCUACCGCCUGCUGGAGCCGGGUGACUGGAAGAGGCUGGCGCUGCACUGGCACUUCACCGAGCAGCAGGUGGCUGCCAUCGAGGAGCAGUGGACAGGGAAGCGGAGCUACCGGGACCAUGGGAACAGGAUGCUGUUGAUCUGGCUCCAUGGGUCAGAGCUGGCCCAGUUGAAUCCAACUAAAGAGCUGUACCAGGGUCUGCUUGCCAUAGACAACAAGACCGUAGCAGAUAAAAUACGAAUGGACACAGAGGACGGAGACAUGAAGAAAUGCAUCCUUUCAUAAAGGGUGUCGACAUCUACAGACAGACAUACGUUCAGUCAACCAGAUUCUAUAUUUUUCCAAAUGAGAGCAUUUGUGUGGUUCUUUUUCCAUGGAUCCAUAGUAGUACACAUGUCUAUGUACCGUCAGAAGUUUACAUACACUUAGGUUGGAGUCAUUCAAACUCGUUUUUCAACCACUCUACAAAUUUCUUGUUAACAAACUAUAGUUUUGGCAAGUCAGUUAGGACAUCUACUUUGUGCAUGACACAAGUCAUUUUUUAAGUAAUUGUUUACAGACAGAUUAUUUCACUGUAUCACAAUUCCAGUGGGUCAGAAGUUUACAUACACUAAGUUGACUGUGCCUUUAAAACAGCUUUGAUAAUUCCAGAAAAUGUCAUGGCUUAGAAGCUUCUGAUAGGCUAAUUGACAUCAUUUGAGUCAAUUGGAGGUGUACCUGUGGAUAUAUUUCAAGGCCUGCCUUCAAACUCAUUGCCUCUGCUCGACAUCAUGGGAAAAUCCAUGAGCAAUUUUGAAAUGCCUGAAGGUACCACGUUCAUCUGUACAAACAAUAGUACACAAGUAUAAACACUAUGGGACCACACAGCCGUCAUACCGCUUAGGAAGGAGAUGCGUUCUGUCUCCUAGAGAUGAGGUUACUUUGGUGCGAAAAGUGCAAAUCAAUCCCAGAACAACAGCAAAGGACCUUGUGAAGAUGCUGGAGGAAACAGGUACAAAAGUAUCUAUAUCUACAGAAAAACGAGUCCUAUAAUCGACAUAACCUGAAAGGCCGCUCAGCAAGGAAGAAGCCACUGCUCCAAAACCACCAUAAAAAAAGCCAGACUAUGGUUUGCAAAUCACACAUGGGGACAAAGAUCGUACUUUUUGGAGAAAUGUCCUCUGGUCUGAUGAAACAAAAAUAGAACUGUUUGGCCAUAAUGACCAUCGUUAUGUUUGGAGGAAAAAGGGGGAGGCUUGCAAGCCGAAGAACACCAUCCCAAGCGUGAAGCACGGGGGUGGCAGCAUCAUGUUGUGAGGGUGCUUUGCUGCAGGAGGGACUGGCGCACUUCACAAAAUAGAUGGCAUCAUGAGGUAGGAAAAGUAUGUGGAUAAAUUGAACAUCCAGUCAGGAAGUUAAAGCAACAUAUCAAGACAUCAGUCAGGAAGUUAAAGCUUGGUCACACAUGUGUCUUCCAAAUGGACAAUGACCCCAAGCAUACUUCCAAAGUUGUGGCAAAAUGGCUUAAGGACAACAAAGUCAAGGUAUUGGAGUGGCCUUCACAAAGCCCUGACCUCAAUCCUAUAGACAAUUUGUGGGCAGAACUGAAAAAGUGUAGGUGAGCAUGGAGGCCUACAAACCUGACUCAGUUACACCAGCUCUGCC